CGGGCUUGAGCGAGGGCGAGCAGCGCCGGCUGGAGGCGAAGUUGAUGCCGAGCGAGGCCGCCUUGCGUAUGCACAACAAGGCCACGGCGAAGGCGGCGCUGCGAAGGCGCCAGCCGGCGAUGCACGUCGCUCGCGCUGGGCGCGUCCAGUGCUGCAGCAGCGGGGGUGCGGAGGAGGAGCGCGCGCAGAGGCGGCAGGAUGACGCGUCGCGCCGGGCGGAGAUGGAGGGGACGCCGUCGUCGAUCAGCGACGAGGACAUGAGGACGCUGCGCGAGUACAUCGGGGUCGUCACCGAAAAGGAGGAAAAGCUGGCCGAGAUGAGGGAGAUGCUCCGCGUCUGGCAGGCGAGCAUUGGGGUGCAGCUCGUGAGCCCCGACGACAAGAUCCUCCCUGCAGCGUGGGCAUUUGUCGCGCUCAACGCUCUACUCGCCGUUUAUCUGGCAAAGAGUUUGCUGCUCGACCCGUUUGCACGGAUGCUGACCGGCGGGAGCGGAAACUCCAAUGGGUGGCCGAUGGUUUGAAGACAGAAGAGAGAAGUGCCGGGGGCAUUUUUUUUUAAAACUUAAAAGCAGGUGUCUG